AUGGCAGCGAACAACACGAAGCACAAGCUGGUCAUCCUCGGCGCCGGCUUUGGCGGCCUUACCGCGGCACGGGCAGUGGAGGAAGCCAGCGAGGAGGACGCAGCUCUGCUGGAGGCGGUCCUCGUCUCUGCGCCAGGCCCUGCUGUUGUGGGCGCCUUUGCGCCCAUGGUCCUCAAGGGCAAGGUCAAGGCUGAGCAAGUGACGCGGACGGUGGCACCAGGCGGACUCAAUCUUUCUCGGGUGGCACUGGUUCCGGACGUGGUGCAGAGCAUCGAUACCGAGAACAAGGUUGUGCGGACCAAGGCCGGUGAGAUCAGUUACGAUGAUCUGGUUGUCUCUCUGGGUGUCGAGUACUACGACGCUGUGCCUGGCCUCAACGAUGCCGCCUUCAACUUGUGCGACACCGCCGACAUGGUUGCGCUCCGUGGAGCCCUGCUCCGUGCCGAGAGCGGGACGGUAGUGGUGGCGGUUGGGAGUCUGCCGUACAAGUGCCCGCCGCUGCCGUAUGAAGCUGCGUUUGCCGUUGAUGCCGUGCUGCGCGAGGCCGGCAAGCGCGACGCGUUCCGUGUGGUGGUGACGACGCCGAUGGCCCAGGCUGUCCCGCCCUUUGCUCCGCAUGUUUUCCAGGACAUGAUGGCUGCCAAGGGCAUCGAGUUCAAGACCAAGGCACAGCCGUCUGCUGUGGACGCCGUCAACAAGACGGUGACCUUUGACGACGGCGAGAGCCUCGAGUACACGCUCCUGGCGGCGACGCUGCCGCAGCGUGCCCCUGCGGUUGUGCGUGAGGCGAUGCCAAUCGACGACCCGCGUGGCUUUGUGGUGGUCGACCCCAAGAGCCUGCGGACGAGCGUGCCGCACGUUUACGUCAUCGGAGACUCGGCGACGGUCAAGGUCAACUUUGCCAAGGCCGGGCUCAAGGUCCAGCCCAAGGCCGGCAAGUUUGCCAUGGUCCAAGCCAAGACGGCAGUGCAAGCGGUGCUCGCCGACGCACGCGCAGCUGCAGCAGGCGAGUCGACGUCGUGGGACGCACCUGUGGUUGCAACGUGGCUGCCGUCGACGGCGCAGGGCUGA